UUCAGGAUGAAUCUGGAAAAACUCAGCAAACCAGAACUACUGACGCUGUUUAGCAUUCUUGAGGGAGAAUUAGAAGCCAGAGAUCUUGUCAUAGAAGCCUUAAAGGCCCAGCAUAGAGACACGUUCAUCGAAGAGCGCUAUGGGAAGUACAACAUCAGUGACCCAUUAAUGGCUUUGCAGAGAGAUUUUGAGACCCUGAAAGAGGGAAAUCACGGUGAAAAGCAGCCAGUAUGCUCCAAUCCCUUAUCAAUUUUGAAAGUGGUGAUGAAACAUUGCAAGAAUAUGCAGGAAAGAAUGUUAUCCCAACUGGCUGCUGCGGAAAGCAGGCACAGAAAGGUGAUCCUGGACCUGGAGGAGGAGAGGCAGCGGCACGCCCAGGACACGGCGGAGGGGGACGAUGUCACCUACAUGUUGGAGAAGGAGCGGGAGCGCCUCACCCAGCAGCUGGAGUUUGAAAAAUCUCAAGUGAAAAAGUUUGAAAAAGAGCAGAAGAAGCUGUCCAGCCAGCUGGAGGAGGAAAGGGCCCGCCACAAGCAGCUGUCUUCCAUGCUUGUGGUGGAGUGCAAGAAAGCCACUGCCAAAGCAGCUGAAGAGGGGCAGAAGACAGCAGAAUUGAGCUUGAAAUUGGAAAAAGAGAAGAGUAAGGUGAGUAAACUGGAAGAGGAGCUGGCGUCCAAGAGGAAGCGGGGUUUACAGAUGGAAGCACAAGUAGAAAAGCAGCUCUCAGAGUUUGACAUUGAAAGAGAACAGCUGAAAGCCAAGCUGAACAGGGAAGAAAACCGUACAAAAGCACUCAAAGAGGAGGUGGAAUGUCUGAAGAAAGCCCUGAAGGAGCUGGAGGCGUCUUGCCAGGAGCACGGCCCUGCCGAGCCGGUGCAGCCAAGCCCCUCGGUGGUGUCCAGAGGCGUCGUGACUGACGGUCCCACCGUGAAGGCUGUGUCCUGCCAGACAGAGGGUCUGCAGGGAGACCGGGCGAGCCCUGCCAGCACCAGCAAAGCUGCGCACACCACGUCUCCCAGCCCCACUACACCCACUCAUUCCUAUGCCAAAUCCAAUGGUCACUGCGAUGCAGACGUGCAGGCGGGUGGGGAGCUGCUGCAGGGAAACGCAGCGGAGAGCCAGGCUCAGAAGGAGAAAUCUGCAGGGGCAGCCCCAGAAAGCGCUGUUGAGAAUGGCAGCUCUCCUGUAAGAACGGAGUCUCCGGUGCAUCUGAUGUCCCAGCUGCCAUCGACUGGGGUGUCCCUGUCCCCCAGCGGCACAGCUGCCUCCUCGCUGACGCCAUCUCCCUGCUCCUCACCAGUCCUGACGAAACGCUUGGUGGGAGCUUCAGCGAGCAGCCCUGGUUACCAGUCAUCCUACCAGGUGGGGAUCAACCAGCGUUUCCACGCCGCUCGGCACAAGUUUCAGUCCCAGGCUGAGCAGGACCAUCAGUCGAGCGGUCUGCAGAGCCCCCCGUCACGGGAUCUGUCCCCAACUCUGGCAGAUAACUCUGCAGCCAAGCAGCUGGCCCGCAACACCGUCACUCAGGUCCUGUCCAGAUUCACCAGCCAGCAGGGACCUAUUAAACCAGUCUCCCCUAACAGCUCACCUUUCGGCACGGACUAUAGGAAUCUGGCAAACGCUGUGAGCCCCAAGGGCGAAGCUGGUCACUCUCCAAGCCCUGGCAAGGUUUCCAGCCCGCUGAGCCCGUUAUCUCCUGGAAUUAAGUCCCCAACCAUCCCUAGGGCAGAGAGAGGGAACCCUCCACCCAUCCCUCCAAAGAAGCCUGGCCUCGCACAGUCGCCUGCUGCUCCUGCCCCGCUCUCCAAAGCCCAGGCGUCCCCGCUGGGUGCCCCCAUGGACGUGGCGAGCGGCUGCUCCAGCAGCCCCGUGGUGUCCAAUGGCAAGGACAUGGAGAUACUGCUGCCGACCAGCAGCUAGUCCUGAAUCCAUCGGUGUGACAUUCCAGGGCAUCCUAGAGCUGAGACGCUGUUUUUCCACUCCGUGUUAUUUAUUUCCGUAGUAGCAGAUUCUGUCUGUAUAAAGCAUUUAGUAUAUUUUUUCCUUUUUAAUAGGUAGGAAAAUAUUUUUGUUUAUGAAGAAACCUUAACUACAGCUAUACAGUAGCCUCAAAAUGUCUCAUGGCAACAGUCAAAUCAUUAGAGAUAACAAGAACCGUAACCACGUGGUGGGACCUGUCAAACUCUAAUGGGGCUGAAAUGCUACUUUUAAAUUAUGCAGAAAUAUCUUUUGCAGACUUUUUACUCCAGAUGAACAUUUUACAAAAAGUGCCUGAACUAA